AGAAAUUUAUUAAAUGCGCGAAGGAUAAUUGCGGAUCAGCGCCAGUUAGUUUAAAAUUGCGAAGUUUACGCCCUGAAAUUCUAAACAAAUCAGCAGAAGUUGAGUUUCAAGUGCCUUACUCAGUUUACAUACACUGUUCAGUAUGCGUGAAUACAAGCUGGUAGUCCUGGGAAGUGGAGGUGUUGGUAAAUCUGCUCUCACGGUCCAGUUUGUCCAGGGAAUAUUUGUUGAUUAACAGACCAAGAUUACUUUUAUCUUCUUUUAAUCUCAAUCUGAGGUGGAUGGACAGCAGUGUAUGCUAGAAAUAUUGGACACGGCAGGUACUGAACAGUUUACUGCUAUGAGAGAUCUGUACAUGAAGAACGGUCAAGGUUUCAUCCUCGUUUAUAGUAUUACAGCACAGUCCACUUUCAACGAUAUUCAGGACCUUAGGGAGCAGAUUCUGCGUGUGAAGGAUUGUGAGGAUGUCCCGAUGGUUCUGGUUGGGAACAAAUGUGAUCUAGAAGAUGAGAGAGUUGUGGGCAAAGACCAGAAAGGUUUAGAAGGAAAGGCUUCUAAUCCUACUGUUCUUUUAUCUAGAAAGGUUCAGAAGGAAAGGCUUCUAAUCCUACUAAUCUCUUACUUCAAAGGUUCAGAAGGAACGGUUUCUAAUCCUACUGUUCUCUCAUCUAGAAAGUUUCAGAAGGAAAGGCUUCUAAUCCUAUUGUUCUUUUCUCUAGAAAGGUUCAGAUGGAACGGUUUCUAAUCCUACUGUUCUUUUAUCUAGAAAGGUUUAGAAGAAAAUGCUUCUAAUCCAAUUCUUAUCUAGAAAGUUCCAGUAUGAAAGGCCUCUAAUCCUACUGUUCUCUCAUGUAGAAUAAAUGGAGGGAAAUCUCAUUAAAACUAAAUCAGUUUUCAACCUCAAAUUAGAAAUACAAGUUCUUAAAUGUUUCUUUCAGAAUGUUAACUACUUAAAGCUCUGCAAGUACCAACAAUACACGUUAUGUACUUAAUGUACUUGCAGUUGAAGUAAUCUAGAAGUACACUUCAGAUAUUUGUAGUAUAAUUAAAAACACUUAAGUACCAUAGUUCUGAAAAUUUGACAGAAAUCAAGAAAAUACUAUUUCCAGCUGCUUUUUUACCAGAGUUUAGAAAAUUUUUGGACAAUGUCUAUUAACCCUUCUUGUGGCUAUUAUAUUGAUUGUGCGAAGCGCAAACAACUUUUAUAUUAUUUUCCCAUUUGCGAGAAAUAAAUCAGCUUUUUAUCUUGA